CCGGCCUGAAGCAGCAGUGGACGGCUCGCUGGCAGCAGGAUGCCCGCUGAGGAUGGAUGAAUGGGGUGGAUCAUGAGGACGCCCUCCUUUGUAAUUUGUCCCUGCUCAACAACCAAGACUGACAUCUAGCAUCACGAUUGUAGCCGCAAACUGAAGUUUAAAAACCUCAUCUGAAUCAUGGGGAACAUUUUUGGAAAUUUGCUGAAGAGCCUCAUCGGAAAGAAGGAGAUGAGGAUCUUGAUGGUGGGGCUCGAUGCUGCAGGAAAAACAACAAUCCUCUACAAGCUCAAACUGGGGGAAAUAGUUACCACAAUCCCAACCAUUGGGUUUAAUGUGGAGACGGUGGAGUACAAGAACAUCAGCUUCACUGUGUGGGACGUGGGUGGGCAGGACAAGAUCCGCCCCCUCUGGAGACACUACUUUCAAAACACACAGGGUCUAAUCUUUGUGGUGGACAGUAACGACAGAGAGCGUGUGAACGAAGCGCGAGAGGAGCUGAUGAGGAUGCUCGCUGAGGAUGAGCUGAGGGAUGCAGUCCUCCUUGUGUUUGCCAAUAAACAGGACUUACCAAACGCCAUGAACGCUGCCGAGAUCACAGACAAGUUGGGCUUACACUCCCUGCGUCACCGUAAUUGGUACAUCCAGGCUACCUGCGCCACCAGUGGUGACGGGCUCUAUGAGGGUCUUGAUUGGCUGGCCAAUCAACUCAAGAACAAGAAGUAAGAAGAAAACUGGAAACAGCAGCCACACCCGUCCACCUUUUUAUUUGUUUUGGGAAUGGGGGUGUGGGUUAGGCACAAGGGUUUUGGUUGAUAGGUGCAAAGCAAGAUUUGGGGUCUGGGGGAGAUUUUAGGCUUUCAUUUUCAGUCUGUUGAGGUUUGUAAUAGUUUUCUGCUCCUAUUCGGAUUCUCACAUACUCCAUAUUUAACUCACUCACUCACACACACAAACGCACACUAACCGUAAGCAAUCACAGCAGACACUUGCUUUUCCUGUGUCCACCUCUUGUCCUUAGGUGCAAUGUACUGUGUGUUAGUCUCUAGGUGCUGUGCUGAGUCAUGUGUGACUCCACUGAGUCGGCAUUGAGUCAAAUAUGACUUUGUGUUGAUGUGUGUCUUUCAGCUGUCAGUCAUCCAUGCAAAGAACUGUUCUGUGUCAGUUGCACUUUGUGUUUUGUUUUGGGUUUUUUUGUUUGUUUUUGUCCCUCUCCUGUGGGGUAACAGAGCCAUGUUUGAGAACAAUCAUCGCGGGAAGAUUCAUGUCACCAUAACUCACUUUAAUGGUUUGCUCUUCUUUUUCAUUUGUGAGCAAUGCUGAAGCACUUUGAUACUCAGAUAAAGUGUGUACAUGUGUACUGUAUGUGUUUGUGCAAGUGCCCCUGAUAGUAUUAAUCAUGAACAACACGUCCUCUUACUGCCUCAUUUUGGAAAUCUUUUGAUAUCUGUGGCGUCUUUCUACUCUCUGUGUGUCGAAGCCGCCCUUUUAAAAUAUUUUAAAACGCACAACACGUUCUCGACUGCCUGACCUGCAUGCAUCCCGGUAGAUCUCACUGACAUCGUUGCGUACCUUUACCAUCCUCUGAGCCGCAUGGAUGUUGACGCUGUUUGUAGAUCUCCUCUAACUGCCCCGAUCGUGUUCUGGUGCCGUUUAUAGUACAAUGCAGAAACUGACUCAGCCGCCACUUUCUGCUUAUUAGUUGUCGACAUGUGCUUAAAACAGAAUAUUCAGCUUUAAGGUCUUUUAAUGUGAAAGCAGUAUAUAGGAAAACCUGCACAUAAACACAACACACGACCUGCACCGAUGCUGCUUGUCUGAUUUGUUCUGCGUCCAUGUGAGUAUUCAAACUGCAUCAGGUUGCUCUCGCUCUGUGUUUUUUUUUUUUUUGUCUCCGACUUGCAUAUCGAGGGUGGGGUGAUUCUAUCGCUGAUAACUCUGUGUUACUGAAUGUGAAUAUUGUUGAUCGAUCUGUGAUGAUAUUUAUUUCACAUGCAUUUUCCUUUACUUCUGUGAUGUGUCGGCAUAAUUAUGAGGAAGAAAGCAGGGUAAGCAGAUCAGUAUGUGGGUGUUGUAGUUUGCAGAGAUUCAUCAGCACGUCCACGACUCACCUCUGAACAGCAGACUAGUUACUGCGUCACCUCUGAUACCAGCAGAAUCCCCAGAUUUCUGUCAAUAAAACUAUAUCUGUGUGCCAUACAUGGGUGUUGCUACUCAUGCACCGGUGACAGUACAACAUACUUACUGUAUAUCCACUCCACCAACUUAUCAGUGCAUUGUUCAUAUUCAGCAUCUGUUGUAUGUUAAAUCAUGAGUUUGAUCAUUUGGGUUUUGUGGCCUUAUAUUUAGUAAUGACUUCAAAUUGAUUUUCCUCUCAGCUCGUUUUCUGCUUUUGAGUCACAUAUAUUUAUCUACAGUAUAAAGAAUGAGUUACAGAUUUAUUUCUCUAUGCCCUCAAAAGGCAGGUUUUGCACCACAGUUCGAGAUGAUUAGGCAAAGGUUUUGUCCUAUAGUAUCCUUUGUUUUGCCAGUAUACUUGAUUCAUAUUUGGUGGUAGAUUUCUUUGGUUUGUUUUGGGGUGUAAAGAAACUUUGAUGUAGACUGUGUCUGUGAAACAAUGAUAAACAGUGCGAAAAAAAAAGGAAAAAAAAAAGAACCUCUGAUGAUUCAUUCUGUACCGUUAUAGUUACACAAGUAGAUUUUAAAACGGUGAAGACUAAAUGACUCAAUGCUGAAUGCAUGGAGACUUCUGUAUGUGAUGUAAGACAACAAACAAAAUCCUGCUGUAUUACAAAUAAACCCAUUUUCUGUA